AAUUGAUCUAGUCGAGCCUUGUACAAUUGUACGAGGUCGGCACAGUCCCGUUCGGCGAAGUAGGCCUUUUGAUCAGUGCAUCUCUGCCCGUCUACACUACGCCUACGCGCUGGUCCAACUUUACUUAUCAUCUCGAAAGGGACCUGAGUCUUCUUCUGGCAUUCCGUACAGUAGCUUUGCCAAUACGCAAGCAUCCUCAUUGCCAAACUUUGAAAUUCUUGGAGCAUAUUAUAGACCAUCAUGGUACAACAACUUCGACGAACCCGCAGGCCUCGUGUUGCAGUCACAUUCGGCGAUCCAGCGGGCAUUGGACCAGAGCUGAUUGCGAAAGUCUUGAGUAAUCGAGAAAACCUGGAAAAGGCAGACAUUUUUGUGCUGGGCGAUCGAUCGGAGCUGGAGUCUGCCAUACAGGCAGCAGGCGGAAUUGAGGUCCCCAUUGCUGACAAGGCUGGGCAGCACGGUGUUCAAAUCCUCGACGAUGGCACUGCACCGUCUCGUGAGUCCGUUCUGUCAGAAGUGUCCAAGGAAGGAGGCGAGCGGUGUUUGCACCAAUUGCGACGUGGACUCGACCUGGCAAAAGCUGGCGAUAUAGACGCAAUCGUAUUUGCGCCAUUAAACAAGACCUCUCUCCACCUGGCUGGCAUGACUGAGGAAGACGAACUGCGGUGGUUUGCGAAGCAAUUGGACUAUGCUGGAACCACGAGUGAGAUCAACAUUGCCGGAGCUCUCUGGACGGCGCGUGUAACAAGUCAUGUUGGUCUGGAAAAAGUGGCUGGCAUGAUUAACAAAGAGUCAACUUUGAAAGCCAUCGAACUACUACAUCAGUUGAGGUGGGAGUCCGGUAUCGAAAGCCCUCGACUGGGAGUAUGUGCUUUGAAUCCUCACAAUGGUGAAAAUGGCAACUUUGGGCGUCAAGAAAUUGAUUCCAUUGCUCCUGCAGUCCAAGCUGCUCGAGCCAAAGGCAUCAAUGUGGAAGGUCCUUUCCCGUGCGAUACAAUCUUCCUGAAGAGGGACAAGUACGAUGGCAUUGUCACCAUGUACCACGAUCAAGGCCAGAUUGCACUCAAGUUGCUCUCAUUUGUUGGUGGUGUUACGGUCCAGGGAGGACUACCUGUGGUCAUCUCCACUCCCGCGCAUGGGACGGCUUUCGAUAUCGUGGGAAAGAACUUGGCCAGUCCUGUCAGCACGCAAUGUGCAUUUGACGUUGCUGUGCAGAUGGCCACGAGACGACUCGAGAAGCAAUUGUUGCCAGAGAGCGUCGGAUACGCAGAGUGCUUACAGACAGGCAAGGCUUCGCUGGGAAAGGUCUUGCCUCACACAACAACGACAGAGGUACCGUCUUGUUGCUGAAUUUCAUUUAUAACAUCGCUGCAUUAGCAGGGGGGAGCGUUUUUUUCUUUGGGUGUUAUCUUAGUGCUUG